CGACCAAAGAAAUAAAAGAUAAUAACAUCGUCUAUUUUCUGUAACCGCAGUAAAAUUGUACCUUAUACUUCAUCAUUGUGAAUUUUGUUUUCGCGUGUUGUCGUUUGCAACCUGGUUUAGUUGUCAAAAAUUAUCAUUUGCUUUAAAAGUGGUCAAGCAUAAAAAGUACUGAAGCAGUUGAACAAAUUUUAAUAGUUAAGUCACGGUGCUUGUCACGUACACUGCUGGGGAACCACCGCCGCUUUGCCGCUUACCGGUCCCAAAUAUAUUUUGUUUGAUGUUCAGUUCUCUGUCGUCUGAAUGGUUUAGUUCGGUUAUAAGUUUCUGUCAACUCGAAAGAGAUAGGAACAGCUUUUAAAUCGAUUUAAAAUAAACUGGACGAUCUUGGAAAAAUAGAAAGUAGAGCGUAGGCCUACUUACUGCUAUAUUAAUGUAUUAUGAUAUCCCGCUUGAAUCGUAAUACCGUACGGUACCGGUACCACUACCAGUGUACCACUAAAUUCACAAUCGCCUGGUUAACAUUAUAAAGUUAUAGCCUAUGUCACGGGCUACCUGUGUCUUUAGUUUGCUGCUAACUUAGCUUGUCAAAGUCUAUGUAUGUGUUUUUUGGUAACUUUAUUUCUUGAUCUGUUGAUGGAGAUAAUAGUCUACUGUUAUAACCGCAUUAACAAUAUUACAAACUAAUUGUUCAUCGUGCAUUCUAGCUCGGGUAAAAGCACAUUAAUGUGACAAACUACGCCCAUCACUCUUUACCAGUGUAGGUCGGGUAUGAAUGGCAAUAGCUAGUAAACUCUCCAGAAUUGAUUUUAUGCGAGGAACUCUAUGAAUUAUCAUCACAGCGAAUAUAUAUUUACCUUUUUUCACAACAACAGCUACAUAAACAUAUAACGAUGCAAUCUCUUAUCAGAGAUUGUUUCAUUGUGAGUGUGGAUUUGUGACCUCACACUCGCUAUAGCGAUUUAACCAGUUGUAUGUAUCAUCAAGCUUGUGGUUGCUAGGAUAUCCAUGGUAUAUGAAAAAAAUUUGGUCUUUUCUAAUUUAGUGUUCAACUAGUAGCCUAUUAAACAAAAAUUCUAGUAAAAUGCUCAACGGAGUAUUUCUAAUUAAUUCACUUGGUGAUGUAUUGGCAUGUAAAAACUUAUCUGCCGCGAAAUAUACAUGGAGUCCAAAAAUAUUUUUUCAACGAGGAUUGCAGAAAUUUAUCAAUAAAGUUUUACCACCAUGUAUAGAAAUUGACAACGUAUUCUAUACCCAUGCUUCCAGCGAUGAAAUUUUUGUUGUAGCUGUGUCUGAUUCUGAGGAGAUAUCUCCUAUAUUGAUGAUGAUAAGUUUACAGAAUUUCAUCAAAGAAUGUGCCGAUUUAAUUGGAGAUAUGAAAAGUGAGAAUGUACUUUUACACAUUGCUGUUGUAUAUGAGUUACUUAUACAAACAUUUGGCUUGUCCCAUCCUGACAAUAUAUCACAACAUGCCAUUAAUGAGUGCAAGCAAAUGGGAAAUACUGGAUUAACAGAGGCUGGUAUGUUCCCUUUUAUGCCAGAAAACUUAUUUGGAGUAUCACCUUCAAAAGAAGAGAAAUAUAUGAAAGAAAGUAGUGCUUCAAAAGCACCUCUAGCAUCUCAACAAGAAAAGAAAAAUGAAAUAUUUGUCGAUCUGAUUGAAUAUCUUGUUGCGAUAAUUGAUAAAGAUGGUCAAGUUAUUCAUGCUGAUAUAAAGGGAUCAUUGAGCACUAAGAGUUACCUCACAAACACUGUCAGUGUUCAAAUCGCUUUGCCAGAUAAGAUCAUUGAGGAGAAUCCUACAGACACAAGUGAUACUGACAAAAUAUUUAUCACAGCGAAGCGUUUCAGAUGCAAAAAAUCAUCGAAAGAAACACAAAAUGAAUUUCCACUUGUAAAACACUUGUCAGGCCCUGGUCUUAAUCCGAUAAUGGAUUACAAUGUUGCAUCAGACAACCUUAAACUUCCAUUUACAAUGUAUCACAACUUUUCAAAGACCAAUAAAGGCAGUAUGAUUGAGUUAGCAUUAACCUGCAAAAUUUUUUGUGCUCUACCACUUGGAAUUUCUCCGAUUAACUGGUCUGCAUCAUUUCCACUGCCAUCAAAACUUAUAUCUGUAAGCGGGACGUCUUCUCUGAAAAGUAUCCAUUUUACACAAAGUAAAGAUAAAAGGACAUUGCAUAUGCAAAGUCCUGUGUUCCCUGCCCAGUCACAUCACUCCAUCACGUUAAUUUUACUAUUAUCUGAGAUUUUGCAAUUUAUGGUUUAUGAAAUGCCUCAUUUAAAUAUCAAAUUUGAGGUACCAAAUCUUUGUAUCUCAAAUAUGAGGAUACAAAGUCUCAAAGUUCAAAAUAUUAACUCAAACACUUCCUCCACUGUUACCAAGUGGGCCAGAUGUGUUACACAUAGCAAUGACUACACAUUUGAAUUAAAGUAUGAUUGGAUUUAAUGUGUCUCCAUCACCUUGUAUUAUACUAUCU